UUCUUCUUCUAUCCAGAGUGAAGAGUCCAGCUUUUUAUAGGCUAUAGAAAUGGCAAACUACUCACUUUUUUCUCUCCUUCCUAUAUUUCUCAUCUUCACCAUCUUAAUUGCAGUGACUCAAGUAGCAGUCGCAGGGCGUGAGAUUCCAACCAAGGCCAAUGUAACAGACAAGAAACAGCCUGAGUUGUUCAUCGGCGACGAUGGAAAUGUGCUCAUUCCGGGUUUAGGAAGAGUGCAAGUACCUGCCCUAGCUGGUUUUCCAUUCUACCCACCCUAUUCAGGCGGAGGAACAGGCAACAUUGGUGGGGGUGGAAAUAGCGGCACUGGGAGCACUGGGGGAGGGAGUCCCAGUUACGUCCCAGGUGGUGAUGACACCUUUGUUCCCAACCCAAGUGUAGAGGUUCCCAGUGGAGGCGGUGCAGUUCCUACUCCUCAAACAGCUCGCCCAUGAGUUCCCUCCUCUUCACUAGUUUAAUUGUCACUUGCAA